AUGCGUGUUUCUGGCCUCGCCUCCCUCGCCUUGGCCGUCGCCCCGGCCCUGGCCACCUCUACACGCGGUACCCUGGGUUUCUCGCUCGGUGACAAGAAUGCCGAUGGCACCUGCAAGUCUACUAGUGACUAUGAGGCCGAUUUCGACAACUUGAAGGACUUGACAACUCUCGUCCGCACCUAUUCUGGAACCGAGUGUGACACCCCUCAAAACAUUCUUCCCGCCGCGAAGAGCAAGGGUUUCAAGGUUGUUCUUGGUAUCUGGGUUGGCGCACAGGAUAGUGGUGAUUUGAGCACUAACGAUGCCUCCUUCACCAAGGACUUCGCCGCCUUGAAGGAGGCUGUCCCUGGAUACGAGGACUACGUCGAGGCCAUCACCGUCGGCUCGGAGACUCUCUACCGUGGCGACCAGACCGGCCCCUCGCUGCACAACUACAUUGGUCUGGUUGCCAACCAGUUCAAGUCCAUCUCUGUCGGUACUGCCGAUAGCUGGAACAAGUUCGCUGAUGGAACUGCGGAUGACCUGUUCACUCGCGAUACCACCGAUGCCCCGCUUGUCACCUAUGUGCUUGCCAAUGCCUUUGCUUACUGGCAGGGAACUGCUGCCGAUCAGGCCUACAAGACCUACUUCGAUGAUAUGUCUGGUGCCAUGGAGCACAUCCAGAAGGUUGCUGGUAGCAAUGCUGAUAAGAUUCACAUUCUUAAUGGCGAGACUGGCUGGCCCACCGACGGCGGCUCUGAUUAUGAGGCUGCCAAGGCUGGUACCGCUAAUGCCGAGACCUUCUGGCAGACCGGUGUGUGUGGCAUGCUCGCCUGGGGUGUUGACCUGUUCUACUUCGAGGCCUUUGAUGAGUCCUGGAAGCCCGACAGCGUUGGUGACAACGGCCAGGCCAUGGACGAGAAGCACUGGGGCCUCCGCACUGCUUCCCGCCAGGACAAGUUCAACACCACUUGUUCCAACUGA